AUGAAAGUUCCAGACUUCCACACGCUUCUUCUAGCAGGUCUUGGGAUUUCAAGAGGAGGCCGAGACAACAACGCAGGUCCGGAGCCUUUCUUGAGGCGAUGUCGGCAACUUUGGCAGAGUCUCCGGCCCUCUCUGCUCAAGAGAGACUCCGUGAUCGAGUCUGCGCAGUCGGUGCCUACGCCUGAUCCGCUGCAGCCCCCAAGCUGGACUCGCUACACAUCCACAGCAUCCACAGCAUCCACAGCAAACCAGCUUCGUGUCAGAUCCAAUGCCGCCGAGAUGCACCGGGAGCUGCACAGUUCUUGUGCACAACCAUUCUGGGGAAGAUUGCUGAGGCCAGCGAGGCCCAAAGAAAGCACUGUCAUCCCUAGCAGGGUUUGCAUGCCCGUUCCAAUGAAGCGCUGGUUGGGAACCUCCCCCCCGUCAGUGGCCGAACUGUCCUUACGUGGUGGCCAGCCCUUUGUGUUGUAUGAGUAUGUCGAGGAAUUCCCUCCACUUCUUCUGGGUGUGGGAAUGAGCCACCAAGUCGGGUCCUACUACGUGCCGCACGCACCAAGGAAGAGCUUCGAGGGCCAGGCAUUGGGCCCCUUAGGAUGUCGCUGCCCUGUUGCCUUGCAAGAUGCAGUUCUGCCAGGGAUCUCUUCCAAAGUACGGCUGCAGCCAGGUCAGGGCAUGUCAACCAUGGAGUCUUUGCUCCAGAGAGCACCACUCUUCCGCCAUAAACUUGAGAACAAGUUUCUUCUGGUGCAAAGUCGCGGUCUCUCAGCAACAUGGGGACUGUAUUUGCGACGCCUGGAGACGUGUUGUCUGGUGGGACAAAGCGAACCAAAGAAGCGCGUCCCAAGCCCCCAGAGCAAGGAGUAUGCGCUGCUCCGCAACGAAUGCAUCCGCCGCAUGUACGCUGAGGCCAAGAGGAAAUGGCAGAGGGAAUCUUCGGGAGACAUUUCUGGAGACCUGGGCGAAGCCAUCUUCGAGGAGGUGGCCGAGAGCGUCUUCCAGUGGUUUCCCGAGGUCUCGGCGAACUCCGUGGCCGAGCUGAGAGGGUCCGGAGGCUCCGAGAAGCCCGGGAAGCCGAUUUCACUACCAGAAGUGGUCUCUCUGCUGGAUGCGGCACGGAGAGGUCAAGAGCGCCUGCAAGAACUGGGCAUUGACAUAAACACCGACGACAAGAAAGUCUACAAAGCCAUGCAGGAACUGGAGAAGCUCGAGCAGCACCGCGAGAGCGCUGGAAAAGGCGGGGAGUCCAACCUUCUCUUCUGCGCUCGCUGGGUUCUAGAGCAGCUGCAGCUGGCCCCGUGGCACCUCACUCUGCAAGUGCUGAAGGAUGGCAGAAAUGCCGACAGAGAGAGGGGAGCUUCUCGGAGUUUGGCAAUUGUGGGGCCGGGCGAUCCCAGCGCCCGCCUGGAAGCGGCAAGCUUCUUGUCAGUGGGCCCCAAGGAGCUGGGCGACUGCAUCGAGUUGGCUGCCUUGCAGCGACUCCCUGACGCAGAGCUUCGCGGGCGUUUGCGGGCAAAGUUUCCGGAGAGGAUGUUUCGCUCACUCAGCCGCUGGGAUCGCAUCUCCUUGUUGUGCCGAUCCCUGAGCACCGAAGAGGCAACCGGGCAUAUUGCUGUGACUGGCUGGAGCGGGGCGAGCCUAGUCGCCAAGGACGCAAAGGAUGCGAAGCAGGAGCAAAAGAACCUCAAGCGCAAGCAUGCCAGCCUGCUGCAAGAAGCCUUCGAGCGGCAGGCGGCAGCGCUCUCUGCUGAAGCUUCAGAAUCUUUGGAUGCCUCUGGAGAGGAGGGACCGGACGGUCAAGACUUGCUUGAUGAGCAAGAUUGGCUUGCUGCGUUGGCAGAAGGCCCCGGAGCCGCAGCCUUCGAAACUCCGAGCAGGCCGGACAAGGCGGACAAGGCGGACAAGGCGGACAAGGCGGACAGUGAUCAAAUGGAGCUCCUGAAGAUGCGCCAAACUCUUGGCAUCGACAGCGAGAAGUCGAAGGAAACGCAGCCGUCACAGACUGCGGCGGAAUCCAAGAUAUCCAACCCGCAAGUUGCUCAAGAGUCCGAGAAGCCCCAGGCUCCCCAGGAGUGGGAGCCCCCCGGGCAGAAGGAACUCCCGCAAGCAAUGCAAAGAGAAGAGCAACGAGUGCAAACAAUGCAAACAAUGCAAGCACAAUCGGAUGGAACCGUCAAGACGGUCAAGGUUUUGAAGGUUGUGACUUUGCACAAGACGACGGCGGGCUUCAAAGAGAAAGUCAUGUACGUGGUUGGUGAGGAGAACAUCAAUCUCUACAGAGGGCUUCAGUCGCAAGACGCCCCUCAGGGCCUUGCCAUGAGCCCGAUGAGCCCGGGCACAUCAAAGCGCAGGACUCGGACCCUGUCAGGGGCAUCAUCUGGUUGGGACUCAGACAGCUCCAGUGAGGGGCCAGGUCAAGCAAGAUCACGUGCGCGGAAGGCGCAGUCCAGGCGCAGCUCGCAAGGACACAAAGGACACAAAGGACACAAAGGACACAAGCGUCAGAAGAUAGCCAGUGUCUCCAGCAAAGCCAGCGUUUCUGGAAAGGGCGAUGCACCGUGCUCCGACAAAUCGGACAUAGCACGGCCUUCGCGGCCUUCGCGGCCUUUGGAUCCCCAAUCAGAUCCAGCGGACCGAACGCAGAAACGCUUUCGCCUUGCUUAG